UUCGUGGUGAAUGCAGAGACAAGAAGCAUACUGGACUGGGCUGUUUUUUGGACUAUUGUGAACUCUGCUGCGAUUUGAUUUGAGUUGAACUCUGAAGAAAACGCGUUAAGAGAAGCGCAACCCCCUCGCAUCCCAUCACAUGAGCACUAGUGUUACAGAAGCUUCAUAGCAGCGCGCGAGAGAGAGAGUCAGUCAGUGAAGGAGCGCGCGGACUACUGCUCAACGUCAAGCCUUUAUUUUUGUCUUUAUUUUGCAUUUGCUGGGCGACGACAGAGCAAGAGAAACUGAGGACAUUUCCCUCAGUGGAUAUCUGACAUGGCGGGUUCACGCACAGUCGAGGUGUUUGUGGGAUUUGUUCUAGUUUUGCACGCGCUGGGAAGUGUUUUCCAGGUCACCCGAGGAGAAUUCACGGCGAAAGGGCCUGCUUAUUCAGUUCUUCAGAGAUGGUCACAGGAUGAUGAUGUCACAGUAGAGCGGUUAAGGACGAGACGUUGGCUUCUCAUGGAGCCCCUUCCAAUGGAAAGUAACAAAGCCAGUCAGGACAGCUUGAAGCCCGAGUCUCAGGAUUCACCUGGAAUACUGGCUGAUGAUGAUGCAGAUAACAGCUCCCAAAUAAUGGAGGACACAGAUCAUAAUUACUACACCUCAAAGACUUAUGGCCCAGAUGACCCUAUGAGUAAAGAAUUAUGGGUAAAUAUUGAUCAUAUGGACAAACAAAAGGUGAAGAUUCAUGGCAUCCUGUCCAACACACACAGACAAGCAGCGAGGGUCAAUCUCUCCUUUGACUUUCCAUUUUAUGGGCACUCUUUGCGAGAGAUCACUGUUGCAACUGGAGGGUUCAUCUACACGGGCGAUGUGGUGCACAGAAUGUUGACAGCCACACAGUAUAUCGCUCCACUCAUGGCAAACUUUGACCCCAGCCUGUCAAGAAACUCAACUGUCAUUUACUUUGACAAUGGAACUGCCUUGGUAGUGCAGUGGGAUCAUGUCCAUCUCCAGGAUUCUUAUAAUCAAGGAAGCUUCACUUUCCAGGCCACUUUACACAGUGAUGGACGAAUUGUCUUUGCCUACAAAGAGGUCCCAGUGCAGAUUGCUAAAAUAAGCUCUGUCAAUCAUCCAGUGAAGGUUGGGCUGUCUGAUGCCUUCGUGGUGGUCCACAAGAUUCAGCAGAUCCCAAAUGUUCGGAGGAAGACUAUAUAUGAGUAUCACCGAGUGGAACUGCUAAAGACCAAAAUUACUAACAGUACAGCUGUGGAAAUGAUGCCACUUCCCACAUGUCUUCAGUUCACAAGCUGUUCUUCAUGCAUUGCAUCACAGAUUAACUUCAACUGCAGCUGGUGUCACCGACUCAGUAGAUGUUCCAGUGGCUUUGAUCGUCAUCGGCAGGACUGGGUGGAUAGGAGUUGUCCAGAUGAGACAAAGGACAAUACCUGUGACAUCAUCAACACUUCUAAUCUUAACAUUCAGACCACUGCUUCAGUUGCCAAGAUGACAGCAAUGCACAGAGAAACUACUGAGGGACACUCCACCCUGGCCACAUCACAGAUGCCCACCAGCAUGCCUACAGAAGACGACACCAAGAUUGCACUACAUCUCAAAGACAAUGGAGCUGCUGCAGCAAAAAGUACAGCAGAGAACGGCACCCACUCCUUGCACAUGGGUCUGAUUCUUGGGAUUCUCGUGCUGUUACUGGUGAUGGUGGCCAUCGUUCUGGUGACCGUCUACAUCUACCAUCACCCGAGCUCUGCUGCAGGACUAUUCUUCAUUGAGAGGCGUCCCAGCCGAUGGCCUGCAAUGAAGUUCCACCGGGGUUCUGGUCAUCCAGCUUAUGCAGAGGUAGAGCCUGUCGGUCAGGAAAAAGAGGGUUUUAUUGAGUCAGAACAGUGCUGAGGUUUUACCUGCGACUUCUGAAUUUACACACUGCCUAGCGACCUUCUUGAUGUCCAUCUAUAAAUCCAUACAUCUCAAAUCAUAAUGUUCCACCAACCCUCCAAAUGCAAAACACUGAAAAAACUGAAAACAAUGAGGGUAUGGUAUUUAUGAUGGAAAUAACAAGAUGCUGAUAGCUUGGAUCCAGGUUUAAAGCCACAUUCAGAGGACAACAGAAAAAACCCUGUUUCUUAAUCAGAUGGAUGAAUAACGAGAACAAAGCUUCUGUACUUAAUGCUUGGCUCUUGACAUGACGUAGGAGCAGCUCUGAUUGAACAGGAAGAGGCUGUGAUCUUUAAGGUCUCAAGACACGUUGUUGAACUGAGGGUUUGGUUCUCUGAUUUAAUGGGCCUUUUUUUCUUUUGAAAAUUGUUUGAUGAAAAUUCCAGAGAUGCACAUUUAUUCAAUUCUUGUUUUGGAAAUCUAAUAUAGACCUUCUUAUAUAUUUACAAGGUUUUCUUAGGUUUAUCAGAUGCUUGUUUUUCUAUUCUUUUAUGAUUUCAUUUUUGAUUUGCAACUGAUGUUUUGGAGUUUGGAGAUACAGAUUAGCUCACUAUAUACUUAUCACAAAAAUGUACAUUGCAAUUAAAAUACAAUUGGGAAAUGUUCUGUGAACAAAUAGUAUUGAUUCAUUUUCAUGUAUAUUCCAACCGUUUAGGACGUUUUUGCACAUGUCCAUUUGGCACACAUAUAUAGUUUAAUUAUUUCCACAACUUUUGUUACUAAUGCAGAUUUACAAGACAGGCGCUUAUGAGGUUGUUUGUAUGUGCGGGUCUUUGUUUAGAAGUUAAUUUUGGUUAAACUGUACUUUUUGAUUCAUUCAGAGGACAAAGAUGUGUUUCACUGUACAGAAAAACUAAUACAUUACAACCCAAAGCUUAUAAUGAACAUUCAAUUUGUUGUUUUAAAUAAUAAUUUCUAUUAUGUUAAAAAAUAAUGUGGCACAAUUUUGACUCUUAAGGUUUAGAACAUUUAUCCUUUUGUAUCUCAAUUAAUUAGGACACUACUUACAUGCACCUACCUAACAUUUUUUCACUUGUUGCAUUAUUUUGACCAAAGAGCUCUUAUUACACACAAGAAAACACUUUAAUCAUAGGAAAUCUGUACAGCGAUAUCACCUCAAUCCAAUACACAGAUUCCAUACCUCCAGAUUCCUCUGUCCAGAAUCAGAACAGAGAUGUUUCUAAUGCUGUUACGAAUCAUUUUUUAGUUAAGAGUUACAACAGGCCAGACAUCUUAAAAGCAUUGCCAUAAUAUUGUACAACCAGAUGAGAGGUACUAUGGAACAUAUUUUGUCUUUUGUUUGUUAAUUUCAGUAAACCUAUGCAUAUAGGGCUGUUCCUGAGAGUCCCCCUCAUAUCAAUGUUUAAGUUCUGUUUUUAUCACUUUCUCCUCUGCAAAUGUGAGCUGCAUGUAUGUUCUAUAUCUGUGUGUGUUCAAGUGAAUCUGAAUGUGUACGACUGAGCACUAAAGUGAUAUCUGAGGGUGCCUAUUUUAUGAAAUAAUCUCAAACAAAAUGUUAGAUGAGGGAGAACAAUUUUCUGUUCAACAGUGAUGCCUGCUCUCAAAAUUUGGGGAAGUAUACAUUUACUUACCUGCAUUUUUGAUAAUCAUAACAUUGUCAUGCCACACAUUAAGAGACAGUGAAAUACACAAUGCUGUUAUCUGUGUACUUUUGUGUUACUACUGUCAUUUUGAUUACAUUUUAAAUAAUA